CGUAAUCAAUCCUGAAGCAAGCAAACAGAUUGGGUUACAAAGCUUCAUCGUGUUAUAAAACAUUUAUUUGCAUCAACUGUUUUCUCAAACAAGAGUAAAAAAACCCAGCCUGCAUUGGAAAUUAAGGUGCUUCAAAUGUUGCUGUUCUGUAACUGGAUUUGACAUGUGAGCUGAGUAUCUCCCUGAAAGAUUUUACUUCCUGAUCAGAUCAUCAAAAAGCAGAAUAUGAAAAACUGUAAUAGACCUGUGAUAUUCUAAAUCGACUGAUGUUUAUUUAAUGAAUGCAAAACAAUGGAGCUGCCUAAUGAACAACUGCCUGCAGUUUACACAAGGGAAGAAAAUAAGCGCGACUACUGGGAUUAUAUGAUGUCUCAGGUGAAGAUUUUGCCAUCAAGGCUUUUUGCAGCAAACAGUAGUUUGGAAAACAUUUCAUUGCAGGCUCAAAAGAUACAAAGAAGGGUCACAGGGGACUCUAAAAAAAGAGCUGCUCCACCAGCUUCACGGACUGCAUCAAUGCCAGAGCUGUCUAGUGAAUACAUUACACACACAGCAAGCCCGAACAACCAGAAUGUAAAUGACAGACUUGGCUACGGAGAAAGACAUAAUCAGUAUGUUUCAGGUUCUACAAAGUGUAUGUCUAACUUGAACCAUUUAGAUAAUCCUUUUACAACAUGUGCCCGGAGAACACAAGAUUCCCCGUCUUACAGUACAACCAAUGUUGAAAUUGAUUUUGGUGCAAGAACUGAGAAAGUGCAAAUAAAAGACUCCUGCAUGCAUAGGAAGGAGUAUGUUAUGCUGGUCACAUCUGAUACUGUAAAAUACCAUCAAUUACCCAAGCGAGGUAUUGUUGCAAUUUAUAUCAUCAAUGAACAACAUGAUAAUGAUGCAUCAACACUACAUUGCAUAGAGAAUGAGAAAAUCAAUGAUCUCUUUGCAUCGGUCCCAAUUCAAAAAGUGAAAAGUAGAUUGAUGACCAGGAAUGCAGAUCAAGUUCUUGAAGGUUUAUCUGAAGAAUUUGAGAAUAAUCCGAUGCGUUAUAUUUCUAUGAAACAUCCUCAUUCCAAUGCAGCCAAAUCUGAGCAACAUACGACAUCCAACAAAUCAAAAGAAAAGGAUUCAUCAUCUUUAAUCUCACUGAUAAUCAGAGCGGAAGCACAAAAAGAUUACUGUGCUCUGCCUGUUUGUUUACAGCAUUCCAAGGGUGAAAGCUCCCAGGAAUCGUUAAAAUAUCUAAAUACAUUUCUCAGUAGCACACCACGCACUACACUGCCGACAGGGUCAGCUGCAGAAAGCAUUCUCGUGUCCACUGUUCAUGGCAGAAAAGCUAAAAUCUCGACUAGGUCCAGGAAUGGGUUUUCUUCUAUUACUAUCACUGCCCGAAGAAUGAUGAGCCCAGCUAAUAAGCUUUCAAAGCUAACUGUCAGUGCUUCUGCAAAUGAGAAAAAUGCAACUCAACAUGAAAGAUCUGUGAGUUCUGGAGGUAUUGUGCACAUUCAUUCCCACACAGAUAACAUCAAUGAGUUCCCAUGCAAUGGAUAUAGUGUUGAAGAGGAGAGUUCCCAGUCUCAGUCACUGUUGUUUUCAAUAGGAGAUAGCGUAAGCUCUUUAAAUAUUGAUCGCAAGCAUCAUGAAACCUUGCUACCAAGCAACUAUGAAGACAAGACCCAUCUUCCUUCUCAGCAGUUUCAUUCUGUUGUAUCCUUUGUACAUUUCAUAGUCACACCACGGUGUUUUAGCAGCACUUGCUACUUAGACAAAUCACUUUUGAUUGAUCUUUGCUCUCUUACAAAUCGCAAUGGAUGUGGAUUAAUACAAAAAUCAUCUUUGUCCUUAAAACUAAGCUGCACUUCUUCUAAAUCAUCAGCAGAUGGUGGUGAUGGCAUGUUUAAAUUAAUUUCAUUCAUCAGACGCUCAAAACAAGGAGUUGCUUACAUUAUGAUGGAUAAGGAAUACCCAGAUAUAUCCUCCAGAGCCAGAGACAUCAUUCCACGACAAUCAUCAGCUGCCCAGAAAGUUUCUAAAACUGCAAACCAAUAUAAUGGAGAUUUAAUGUCUAAUGGAAAAGAAACUCAAGGCUCACCCAAAAAGUCUGCUUACCUAUUUAUUUAUCUUUCAAACAUGAAUAAAGGAACAAAUUACUUCAUAACUGAACAUAAAUAUAAACCAAAUCAUCGUGAAAUGCCUAGUCCUAUCUCUGACCUCAUUGGGAAAUCAGCUGAUGUGAAAUUUUCCAACAGUCAUGUUGAUUUAAUGGGAAAGAGGAAACGCACUUUGAAACAAAGCCGAGAGAAAUCCACCCUCAGCAUGACGGCAAAGUCUACAGGGUCCUCCACUGAAAAUCAAGGGGAAGAUACUGAGACCAACCUGUCAGAGCGCACCACAGUGCGUGAGAAAGCCUUGUCAGACAUGCUCACACUGCGGGAGGCACUGAAACUAUACAAGCCAGAUUUUAUCUUUCAAUCACAAAAGCGUUUGCAAGAGCUUGAAAUUAAGGCAACGCAGAGGAGAGUUCAGAUGCAUGAAUGCAGACUGCAACAAAGGAAAAGAAUGGGACCUCGCGUACAAACUAUACCUUUACCUAAUCCAUUAAAAAAACGUCAGUGCACCACACCGCAUCCUCUGAGUGAUAAUCUACACAAACCCAAGGGAAGGAUUAUUCCAGAGAAGGAAAUGCAGAUGAGGUCCAAAAGAAUUUAUAACAAGCUGCCAGAGGUUAAAAUGAAAAAGGAGGAAGAGAAAAAGAAAGUUGUUUCUCAAACAAACCGAUUACGAGCUAUGGUUUAUAAAAAGAAAUUGCUUGACCAGGUACGACAGAAACAAUAACAAUUUUCAGGAAGCAUCAUGAAGAACUUUACUGAGGCUACCAGAGAAAUGGUGUAAUUAGCUACUGCAAUUAAUAAACUGUUAAUGUCUGAAACCAUUUAACUUUUCAUGAAUUUGCAUUGUUUCAUGUUUUGACAGGUAUUUGUUCAUUAUUAUUGAGAAGAACUUGCACCUAGGUCCAUUGACGUAUUAGACAUAAUUACAAUUCCAUCAGGAACAAUGCGUAUUUAGCAGCUCAGGAAUAUCAUUGUGUAUUGCCUGCAGGAGGAGAGGAUUCACUUUUAUGGCAAGUUUGCAUAUUGAGCAAAAUAUGGACGUCUAGAAUCUUUGUGGCAUCUCGAACAAACAACUGUACAAACAGAUGAGUGUGUGGACAUUGUGAGAGGAUAGGGCAACAAUUACCAUUUUAGCCCAUUAAAUUACAGUGUUAGGGAUUUAUUUAAGCUUUUAAUCGUAAAUAGGUCAGAACAAAAUCAUUAUAAAAUAGAGGAAUUAUAUGAGUUUUACAUACUAAUCCUUCCAAAUCUUUUGGUUUUGUCAUACUUACUUUUUGAAUAACUACACGCAGCAUUGCUAUAAAGACAAACUAUUUUUAAAUUGUGUGUAUUUGAGUUCACGUGUUAAGGCAGUGCUGCUAUUUUUUAAACUCAUUUUGUAAUGAUAUGGUGCAAUAAUUAUUAAUAAUUAUAUUUUAAAUGGAAAUUACUAAAACAAACUAUAAAGGAUGUUCAAAUUUAGUAUGCAUGAUAUGCAAUUUUAAACUGCCCGCAGUAUAUGACUAGGUAGUUUAAAACUGCACAACUAAUCAAAAUGAAUGACCAAUUUAGUUAUCUAUUUGAAUGUAUUGAAUUCAAAGGUUGUCCAUUAUCAGGACAAAUUGUUACAUUUUAUUAAUAAUACUAAAUAAGAAUAAAUCUUGAGGAAUUUCCAAUUUAUGUUUGUUUCUUGUGUUUAGAUCAGU